ACUUUUUUACCGGCCGAGUAGUGCAUACUUCCUCCAAUCUAGUACGUACUCUCUAAGUAUGCGAUUCCGGACGCAGCGAUAGUUGUAAGGCUGCUUUGUAAACACGUGACUGUACUAUGGCAUGCAUUAAGACGAUUUUGGCCCCAAAUGCAUGCCAUACUGUACGCCCGCGUAAAGCUGUGCUGCGAUUAGUCCUGCGUUUGAUGACGUCACAUCGACGACCAAAGAGGAGGAAGUAGUUAAUGUGUGUGUCAAUGUGCAGAUACAUGACUUUUUGAAUCAACACACCUCAUCGUUUUUUUGCAUUUAAUAUCUGAUUAUUUUCAUCAUGUCCGUCAGGAAUCCUGGAACUGACCUGGAUCUGGAAUGGGUUUCAAAGGUCAGAGUAAACACUCAGGCUGUGCUGAAACGGGCCCAACAAGUUCAAGGCCGCAAGGUGGCCAAAAGAGAGUGGCAGGCAGCCUGGCUCCUGAAAGCUGCCACCUGCAUAGAUCUGACAACGCUAGCUGGAGAUGACACGCCAUCUAAUGUCCACCGGCUUUGUCUAAAGGCCGUGCAGCCCAUCCGCUAUGAUCUGCUGCAGAGCAUGGACAUGCAUGAUAAAGGAAUUUCAACUGCCGCAGUGUGUGUUUAUCCAGCUCGUGUGAAUGAUGCUGUUAAAUCUUUGAAAGCAGCCAACUCCAGCAUACCUGUAGCCUCUGUGGCUACUGGAUUCCCUGCUGGUCAGACUCCACUGAAGACACGCCUGGAGGAGGUGCGUAUGGCUGUGCAGGAUGGGGCCACUGAAAUCGAUAUUGUCAUUAAUCGGACGUUGGCAGUUACCGGACAGUGGGCAGCCUUGUACGAUGAGGUCCGGCAGUUCCGAGAGGCAUGUGGCAAUGCCCACAUGAAGACCAUCUUGGCAGUUGGAGAGCUGGGGACAUUCACUAACGUAUACAAGGCCAGUCUGGUGUCCAUGAUGGCAGGAUCUGACUUCAUCAAAACUUCAACUGGGAAAGAGUCCGUCAAUGCCACAUAUCCUGUGGCCAUAGUGAUGGUGCGGGCUAUCCGCGACUACUUCUUAAGGACUGGACACAAGGUAGGUUUUAAGCCAGCAGGAGGUAUUCGCACUGCGCAGGAGUCUUUGGUAUGGCUGGUGCUGAUGAAGGAGGAACUAGGAGACCAGUGGCUUACUCCUCACCUGUUCCGCCUGGGAGCCAGCAGCUUGCUUGGAGACAUUGAACGGCAGAUUUACCACUAUGUGACUGGACGCUACCCAGCUUAUCACGAGCUGCCUAUGGCCUGAUUUUUUUUUUUAUGAUUAAUGGGAUGAAGCACCUGCUCAGAUCAGCUCACCAAAAUACUUGUAGUGUUCAUGAAGGAUGAUACUAUCUGAUAAUGUUGUGACCAAAUGUACUGUAGUCCACACUGCAGACAUGCAGCUACGAUAUCAGAAUCAGAAUACUUUAUUGAUCCAAGAGGGAAAUUGCAGUAUAGGGUGGUGCCUCAUACUGCCCGUGUCUUGAUUUUGUAUUGUUGAUGAAACAAAUGAUUUUGAUGAAAAUCAUAAUAUAAAAGCUUGAGAUGUAACAUGUAAAAUUUGAAUAACUGCUGUAAAGUGAUGAUAAAUAUUCUAAAAUGACCUUAAUAAAAGUGAAGUAUAUAAUAAAA